AUGAUGAAUAAGGAAAAUAAAAAUCAAAUUUAUGAUAUAUAAGAACUUGAGCUUUAAGAUAAAGAAAUAAUUUAUAUUGCUUGUGGACAUCACCAUACAUUAAUUAUUGACGAAAACAAUUAAUUAUAUUCUUUUGGUAUGGGAAAAACAGGUUUAUUAGGAAAUGAGCAUUUAGAAGAUGUUAAAAUUCCUUAAUAAUUAAAUUUAAAAUAAAAAUUUGUUUAAGUAGCGUGUGGUGCCACACAUUCAUUAGCUCUAACAAUUUCAGGAAUAAUAUUUAGUUGGGGAAAAAACUUAAGAGGUUAAUUAGGGCAUGGAAAUCAAAACGACUGUUUAAAACCAAAAGAAGUUAUUUAAAAUGAUAUUAUUGCAGAAUAUAUAGAUUGUGGUGAUUAGCAUUCAGCUUUUGUUUCUAAAAAUAAAGAACUUUAUACCUGGGGAAAUGGUUAAUAUUAUAGAUUAGGCCAUGGUGUAACAACAGACGAACUAAUUCCUAAAAAAGUUGUUGUUUUAGAAGAUUAUUACGUAACUCAUGUAAGUUGUGGUAUGAAUCAUACAUUAAUAGUUACUGGAGAAGGGUUUGUAUAUGCUUGGGGUGAUGGAAUGUAUGGAAAACUGGGUGUUUCCGAAGAUUGUAAAACACAAACAUUGCCCACUAGAGUGGGAAUGAUAUGUAAAAAAUUUCGAAAAAAUAAAAUGUAUUACUAGGUAGCAGCAGGCAGUAUGCAUUCACUUGCCUUGAGUACAAAUGGUUAAAUUUUUACAUGGGGAAGCUCUAAAAGUGGUAAUUUGGGAAUAGGCUAUAAUAAGGAUAUAUAAGAUUAUUAUACUUAACCAUAGAAAAUAAGUAUUAAAUUAAAUAAAGAUAAGAAUUUGUAAUUUUUUAGUUUGCAAUAUUAUUAGGCAGAACUUAAUAAUAAAUUAACAAAAGCCAAAAAUAAUAAUAAAAAUUAAAUUAAUUUAAAUGAUUCGUUAGAUAAUAUUGAAGUAAUUCAAUUCAAAAUAGAUAUGUACCCUUUAUAUAUUAUAGACAAAUAAUUAAUCUAAAGAGGACCUCCUUCAAAUAUCAUUUUUUGCUAAGCUAGCUAAAAUAAUUCCUUUUUUUUGGCAAAUAAUGGAUAGAUUUUCGCAUGUGGAAGUGUAAAAAAGGGGAUUAAACUAAAUUAAAAUAGUAUAGUGAGUAAAAAAUUGAAAUAAUAAGCCAAAACUAAAAACACGAAUGAAAUAGAUACUGACUUAAAUGAUUUUAAUAGGCCAUUUUAAAUUUAAUAUUUCAAAAAUAAUAUAAUUAGAUAUAUUUCAUGUUCAUAUUUACAUGCAAUAGCUAUUUCAUAAAAAGGAUAAGCGUAUGUUUGGGGUAAAAAUAUAUAUUAUUAAUUAGGUGUUGGAUAUAGUUGUAAUUAUAAUUACAUUCCUUAAAAACUUUAAGGUAUAUUAGAAACUAAGACUAUAAUAAUGAGUGCUUGUAGUGAUAAAUUUUCAGCUUUAUUAACAGACAAAGGUGAAGUUUGGACUUUCGGAACUAGUGAUUGUGGUGUAUUAGGACAUUAAGAGAAGAAUUAUUAUGUUGUCCCUGAACCUAAGAUGGUAAACGAUAUUCCUUAAAUGAUAUAUAUUGCGUGCGGGCCAUAGGGGAUGGUAAGUAUUUCAGCACACAAGAGAUAAUUAUAUGCAUGGGGGAAUAAUAUUUAUGGAUAAUUAGGUAUUAAAAUUUAUAGAACAGAAAUGAAUGUUAAUGAAUAUGAUGAAGAUAAAAAUGGGAAAUAGUAAAAUAAUGAAUAAAUUAAACCUGAAGAAGUAUAAAUAAAAUCUGUUGAUAUGGGAAUGUUUCAUAGUGUAGCUAUAGAUAAUAAUGGUAAAAUUUAUUCAUGUGGAUUAAGAAUAUAUUCAGGAUAAGCAAAUGUUUUUAAUGUAGAAGACGCUAAAGGAAUCGAUGAUUAGUUUAUUUUAAUAAGAACUAAUGAAUUAUAAAAUUAAUAAUUUAUUUAAGUAUCGUGUUCCGAAUAUCAUACUUUGGCCUUGUCAAUAUAAGAAUAAGGUGAAGAAUAGGCAUAAUAAUAUGUAUAUGCAUGGGGAUUAUGUAAUCUAGGAAAUUUAAUAUUUGAAAAUUCUUAAGAUAUUGUUAAAUAUUAUUAACAAUUAAAAUAAAAACCCUAAAAAAGCUAAGACUUAAACAAAUACAUAAGCUAAAAAUAAAUACUAUUACCACCAACUAAUAUUUCUUUAAUCUAAAAAUUUAUACUAACUAAUCCUGAUAGAGAAAUAAUAAAUGAAUUUUACAAAAAAUCAAUAAAAUAUGUAUCAGCUGGUAUUUUUCAUAAUAUAGCUAUCGGAUCUGACGGUAAAUGCUUUGUUUGGGGUUCUUUUUAAAACGGGAAAUUAGGUUUAGUUGUAAAUAAAUAAAACUCUAAAACAUAAAAUUGUCCUACAUAUGUGCCUAUUAUUUAAUAAUCGGAUAAUAUAUAUGAUGAUGAUAACUUACUUAAUUCCUAAUAACAUAUUAGUGAUUAAAGUUUUUCUAUGAAGGCUAGUAAGGCAAGAUCUUAAAGGAAGAACUUUGACAAUUUAAGUAAACAAAAAGACCAAACUUAGAAAGAUAAUAAUAAUGAAAAUGAAGAUGAAGAAUAUGAAAAUGAACUUUUAAAUUAAAAGGAUAUAGAAAUUGAUAUUAUUGAGUAAUCUUCAUAUGAUUCGGAUAUUACUACUGAUAAUUUUUCAUCUUUUAAGUCUUAGAGUGAUGAAUAAAUUGUAGAAGAUGAUGACGAAUAGGUUUAAAGUGAUAAUUAGUAAAAAAUUUAAAGUUUAGUCAAAAUAAAUUUAGCUUCAUCUUAUUUUAAUAUAUAAAAAAAAUAAGAUUAUGUAAUAUAAAUAUUUAGUUUUAAUAUAAAAUAAAUAAAGGUAUAAAAAAAUAUCCAAAAUGAAGAAGAUUAAUAAAAAGAGGAAUAUUUAAUCAAACAAGACACUAUUUUAGAAGAAUACUGUAAUAAUAUCUUCUAAGAAAGUUUAGUUUAAGUAGCCGAAUUCGAGCGUAGAUUUUCCAUGUUAGAAAGUAAAAUAGACAGUAUGCUAUCUCAAAAAAUAAUCGAGAAAUGCAAAGAUAAUUCAGUGGAAUUGCUUGAAAAUGUUUAAUUUAAUAUACCCGCUUUUAUAAUAAAAAAUAUUUAAUUAUAUGAAACUAUGUUUAGUUUACUAUAUCAUCACCCUUGUUAUAUAAUAAAUUUAGUAAAAUUAAAAAAGUUAAACCAUUUUUAGUUAAAAAUUUUGAUUAAUUUAUUAUAUUAAAAUACUAUACAUAAUGGAUGUUCAAAUUUUACAUUGAUAACACUUACUUUAUAAAUAUUUAAAUAUGAAUUUGAAAAUUAAAUAAUUUAGUUAAGUGA